AUGGGAGGUGACAGACGACCGAGCCUCUCCAGCAUGGAGCAGGCCAGCAAGAGCCCCAAGCUGGGCGUGGUUUCCGGCGUCUACAUCCCCGUCUGUCUCAACAUUUUCAGCAUCCUGAUGUUUCUGAGAUUUGGAUGGAUCCUUGGCCAAGUAGGGCUUUUGGGCAUGCUUGGAUUGCUGGUCACCGCCUAUCUGGUGGACUUCUUGACAACACUGUCCCUCUCUGCGAUAGCUUCAAAUGGCGAGGUGAAGGGUGGAGGUGCCUACUACGUGAUCUCGAGGUCUCUUGGUCCCGAGUUCGGCGGUUCCAUUGGCGUGUUGUUCUAUCUUGCCCAAGUCUUCAACACCGCCCUCAAUGUCGUUGGUCUAAUUGACUGCAUCAAAUUGAACGCGGGAGAUUUGUUCCCCCAAGGUUUCUGGGCAACAUACUUGCUCCAGACACUGGCACUUCUGCUGUGUGCUGCGUUGGGCCUGGCUGGAAGUGGCAUUUUUGCCAAAGCCAGCAAUGCACUUCUAGUCAUUCUGUCUCUUGCCAUCAUAAGCAUCCCGAUAUCUGCCAUGUUCAAGGCUCCUUUCCGAGACGACGAUCUGGGAGUCCGGUUUACUGGGUUCAGCCUCGAGACUUUGGUGGACAAUUUUGCCCCUCACACGAAGAGCGACUCCUAUAAUGGCCUCGAGACGUUUCGGGAGCUCUUUGCCAUUCUGUUCCCAGCGACUUCCGGGAUCUUUGCGGGAGCAUCAAUGUCUGGAGAUCUGCAAAACCCCAGCAAAGACAUUCCCAAAGGAACACUUUGGGCAAUGAUGACUACGUUCAUUGCGUAUUUGGUCGUAGUUUUUUCCAUGGCUGCCACCACGACGCAUAACUCGUUUCUCAACAACACCAACAUCAUCUCUGUUACCAGCCUGUCGAUGCCCUUGAUCCUUGCGGGAGAGUGCGCCGUCACCUUCUUCUCCGCUGUCAUGGGACUUGUAGGUGCGGCGAAGCUGAUGCAGGCUUUGGCGAGGGAUAAGCUGUUACCGGGUUUAAUACCGUUUAGCCAAGGGACGAAGAAGUCCGAUGAGCCGAUUUACGCGAUUCUCUUGACGUACGGUCUUGCCCAGGUUUCCAUGCUCGCCAACCUCAACCAGAUUGCGACUCUUAUUUCUAUGGGCUAUCAGAUGACCUUUCUCGUCAUGAAUCUAGCUUGCUUCUUGCUCCGCAUUGGAUCAGCACCCAACUUCAGGCCCGCCUUCAAGUUCUUCAGCUGGCAGGCAGCGUUCGCUGGUACUAUAAUGUCGGCGGCAGCCAUGUUCUUCAUCGACCAGACUUACGCUGCCACUGCCAUAUGUCUUCUUGUUUUCCUCUUCUCGCUGAUCCACUACCUCAGUCCACCGAAGAGAUGGGGAGACGUAUCGCAAAACCUGAUUUAUCACCAAGUCAGGAAGUAUCUUCUACGCCUACGACCGGAGCAUAUCAAAUUUUGGCGUCCGCAAAUCAUCCUGCUCAUCAACAACCCCAGAAGCCAAACCAGACUCAUCCAGUUCUGCAACUCUUUGAAGAAAGGGGGGUUGUAUAUCCUUGGUCAUGUCAUUGUCACAGAUGACUUCAGCAGCGGUGUCCACGAAGCAAGACUACAGCAGGCAGCGUGGACGAAGUACAUCUCGGAGUUCUCGCGGAUCAAGGCAGAGGCCAGUACGAAGGAGACGUGGGGAUACCUCGGCGCGACUAUUAGAGGCUAUAUGACAAUGCUGGAAGACCUUGCCUUGAGAUAUAAGCUCAAUGUCGCCAUCGGAAAGGGUUUCGAAAGGCUGGAGACACCGCGCAAGGACAAGGGCAAUACGAAGAGAUAUCUUGAUCUCUGGCCUAUUCAAAUGUCCGCAGAGGUUGUUUCGGACGGGAAAAGCGUUUUGACCACCAACUUUGAUACAUACACCUUGAUCCUCCAACUCGGCUACAUCCUUCACAGCGUGCCUACUUGGAGCAAAGUGUAUGAUGUUCGCAUCAUGGUAUUUGUCGAAUACGAGAGCGAAGUGGAAGAAGAAAGAGCACGAGUCAAGGCUCUCUUGGAAAAGCUGAGAAUUGAGGCUGAGGUCAAGGUAUUCUGGCUGGCAUCUGGUCAGCUGAACACCUACGAACUCAUCAUCAAUGGCCAAUCCAGCGAACUUGAGUCUCAGAUUUUAGUUCACGACGUCCUCAGGGAUGAGGAAUGGUGGGACGAUUUGCAGAGGCUGCGAGGACGUGCCCCGAAUUUCGACUCGACCGACGAACUCACGUCUUUCGCGAAUAUCAUUGAGUCGACAGCAGGACGUCCUGGCGUGUUCAAUCCGCACGUUCCACUAGAGGACAUCGAAACGAAGCUUUCCCGGCUUGGCGUCAGCGUUGGAAUUCACACGUCUCACCUGGGAGAUGAGGUCUUUGAGGACGAUUCCAACUCGGACGGCGAGCUCAGCGAGCAGGAACAGCAGCCCUCUUGCUUGGACUCUGACUCUGAGUUCGAACGUGGAGGGAGCGAGUACAGUGAAGAUGAGGCAGAUGAUACGGAGACGCCAACGAGACCCUUACUGCUUGGCAAGGGGCGUGGACGAAGCCAGAGCGAUGACCUCCUCACCACUCCAUCCAAACAUAGGCGAGGUAACAGCAAGUCCAGCAAGAGUGCCGCACCAAAGUCGACUUAUGGAACCAUGGUUGCACAAGCUCGGGUCGAUGGUCAAUCAGGUCCAAGCCACACGGCCGGUGACAACGUGUCGGCCCCUCCAACUCCGCUUGAACGACCCGGUUUGGAUCGCAACGUGACUGCUCGAUCGCUGGGUGGAUUCCGGGUGUCAGGCGGCAACCCGUACCCCGAAUUGCCGCCGGUGAGCGUUUCUGGUACGGCAACCCCGGCCAGACCAACACUGUCCAGGCAAUCCUCCGCUGUGCGAUUCUCGAGCCGACCGGUGCCCGAGACGCGAGUAGACGUUGAGGGCACGUCCGGGCCAACGAUUAUGUUUGCGGACACAACGGAAGAAGAGACGCCGCGAGCGGAAAGGCCCGCAUUUUCGAGGCAAUCCUCUACGGGCCGGUUCUCCAGCCGCCCUGUGCCUGAAAUGAGGGUGACGACGGCUGAAGAGUUUGAUCCUCCUACUGCGUUUGCGGAACCGAGAUCUCGCAAAGAUUCCGCCGCAUCCUCCGAGCAUGGAGACGCCCAUAUGAACAUGGCGGAGCUCGUGGAGCGCUACAGGUUAGACUCCAGGCUAGAAGGCGAAGGCGACGGCUCGCCGUACUCCACACAAGGCAUCGCGCUUUCGUUCAAUGACCUGCCAUCCCGAGCACAGCAUGUCAUCCUCAACGAGCUUAUGCGGCAGAACAGCAGGGAUACAGCUGUGUUACUCUCGACGCUACCCGUGCCCACCGAGGGAACCUGCCAGGAUGAGGUCGCGAGCGUGCAGUACCUCUCGGAUGUCGAGGUCCUGUGCCACGAGCUCCCUCCGGUCCUCCUGCCCUGCGAGAAGGCCUUUGAUGCCAUGGACUUUAAACAUGCGGCCCCGCCGUCGGCGCUGCCUUCCUCGUCGUGGACAAUACCGCAAACAGUCAACAUGAAGGACCACGCAAGGCACGGAAGAAAAUCGAACUGGACGGCGCAGCUGUCGCCGUACCUGAAAAACCUCAAAAUCAAGAGCUUCAUGCAGUCACCAAAAUCACCGAAGUCCCCGAAAUCCCCAGACAGCUCAACGUCACCACGCUCUCCUAGGAGGCAAGACAGCAUGGAUGAAUCCUCAUUCCAGAUCAUCCACACACCGGACCGGCCAGAGAGGCCUGUUUCCAGGACAGCGAUUCCGAAUGACGAGCAGUGCAUGCAGUUUCUCAUGUCAUUGCAGAGGCAGGAGGAGCACAAGAGAGGCGGGGUCAAGCAUGGCCUCAAGAUGUGGCCUUACCCCGACGAAGUGGAGGAGAGCAGGCGUCUACGGAGUGUGAGGGUGGAGAGCGUGCACCUUGAGGAGGCAAGACUUGCCAGGACGAAUUCAUCUGGCCCGGCCAAAGUGGUUGAGGUUGGGAGGAGCUCCACGAAGUCCACAACAGCGACAAGGCGGUCGGGACACUUGCCUUCGCCAAGUGUGAGCGAUGGCGAAGAGGCCGAUGUACAUGAAGUCGAAGAGGAUGAGGACGUCGAGCCAGAGCCGAAGAUGACCGUCCGCAUGGUACCGCUAUCUCCUCCACCUACCCUUUCCAGGAGUCAAUCUCGCCUGGGUCAGUACACUCCACGAGCACAAACGUCUCGAUGGUCCGACGACAGCGAGUCCCUCUUCUCCUCCAGAGACGUUGACUCGCCCUGCCCUGCACGGGGAACCUUCCGCUCAUCUGCAGAGGUGUCGUCUCCAACGAUGGUCGACGACGACUCAGCCGGCCCCUCUAGCCCGUCAUCUCCACCGCUCUUGACCCCGGUGAAGGACCGUCCCGCAACUCCUUUCACAGAUCCCCGGCUGCGGUCUGUGUCUGACCCGACCACCCCUCCGCCGUCGGAUCACAUUGUCCACCAAAUGAGCCCGGAGUCCUUGCCUCGGAAAUACUCCUGGCGGUCGUCCAAGGAGACAAUCCUCAACACGGGGGCGCCAGUGUCGAGAUUUCAAUCCUGGCUGCCGGAGCCGCGGCCAAAGAGUUCAAUGAGAGAAGUCGAGUCAGCUCAGGAGCAGAAGCCUGAGAUUGAGAUCUACGGUGACUGGGCCGAUUACUACUUCGAGGACGGAAACUUUUGGGACGAGGUCGACUCGGAUGUUGAUGGCAAUGGCGACGAAGAUGCCGACGACGACGAAAAGAAUCACAGCGGUGAUGAGGGCCCUGGAGACGAGGAAGCCAAAGAAGCCGGGGAACAGGUAGAUGGUGAGGGAGAAGAGGUUGAGGAGGAAGAGGAAGACGAACAAAAGACAAACCACCUUGAGGUCGACGACGAGAAGGUCUACCCAAGGUACGAGAGCUUCAUCAAGGACUACAAGAACAACGUUAUGAAUAUCACGGUCACGGAGCCCACCAAAACCACCAUCACCGCCGCCGGCCGUCCAAUGCCUCGCCUCCCGCCCUCACUCAUACGCCAGGCGGGCGCCAUAUCCCCGCACGUCAGGACCUUGCUGCCGGUGUGCCGCGACAUAGACUCGGCUGUCACGGAGCUGCGGUGGAUCAGGGAGCACGUCCGCGAGACUUCAAAUCCCCGCGUGCCUUUUGGGGAUGGGCGGCAGCAGCAGAGAGAAGAAGUUGUCGGCCGUCGUCGCGUGGCGAGGUUGUGCGCGAAACGAGGACGCGGGGUGCCGCUGCAGUAUGUCCUCGGCUCGCAGCCCUUUGGCAGGCUGGACAUUCGGUGUCGGCCGGGGGUCCUCGUUCCCCGCGCCGAGACGGAGGCGUAUGUCAUGCACCUCGGCGAGAUGAUCCGCGGCUGGGAGUUGCUGUUGAACCAGAGCGGUGAUGUGAGAGUCGUUGACUUUUGCACGGGGACGGGUUGUAUUGCUCUUGGGCUGUAUGAUGCCCUCUCGAAAGCAGAGGGAACGGUGAACGUAAUUGGUAUUGAUGUCUCGGAGGUCGCUGUCAACCUCUCCAGGGAGAAUCUGGAGCGCAACGUAGACAGGGGCGUGUUAGUCCCACCCGCAGACCGGAAGAGUAUCGCGUUCAGGCGGGAGGAUGUCUUUGACGACGCCGCGAUGCGGACGAUUCCACCCUGCGACAUCUUGGUCUCGAAUCCGCCGUAUAUAUCGAGCAGCGUGUGGACGUACGGGCGGGGGCAGAUGGGAUACUCGGUGCGCAAGUACGAACCCAAGCUGGCGCUCGUCCCGGGGGACGCCGUGCCGGUGUACGAUGAUUGUGACCACGCCGAUGUCUUUUACGCGAGGUUAUUGGAUGUCGCGAAAUGGUUGAAAUCAAAGAUUUUGCUGUUCGAAGUCGGCGAUCUGGAGCAGGCUGUCCGGGUUGUGAGGCUCGUCCGGCGGAAAGCUCACACUAGACUUGCAAAAUGUGAGUUGUGGAGAGAUUGGCCUGAUUUGACGCCCGAAGAGGAUGAGGCGCCGGAGUUGGAGGUGGAUGGGAAGGUCAUUUCAGUCAAAGGAAGUGGAAACGUACGAUCUGUGUUUGUUCGUAUUUAG